ACCUUGGCCUCGGGCUGACUCUCCUCGAGAUCCCAACUGGCUUUCAUCGCCUCAGCCGCCCCGACCAGCUUGUUUGGGGCCUGCCUCCUUUUCCUGACCUUCCUGGGGUGUCUCUCGGUCCCUUCCCUCUCUGGCUCCAUGGCUGUGGAGAAAGAUCAGCUAGAGCUGGGGAAACUCCAGCGCCCCUAUCCCCCGCGUGCCGCCUCCUAGCGGGAGAGCUGCACGGGCUUGACGGCUUUCAGUUUACCGAACUAUCCCCGUCCCCCUAAAAAAGCAAAGGUGCCAACGAUCUCCCCGUUCCGCGGACUGGACACCCGCGCCGCUCUAACCCAAACGGCUUUACCGUCCGCAUCGGAUACCGGAUUCCCAACGGUUCCCCAACGGCUAAAACGGGCGUCUGCCUGGCAAAGAAAGAAGGAGGUGCUGCCGAGCGGCUUCCCCUCCUAAAACCACUCCCCCCACCUCCCAGCCCGGGAAACGCAGAAGAGACGCCGGGCGGAGAGCAGAGGCUGUCCCCACCUUAGCCACAGCCGCCAACAACAACCGCCCUCUCAGCCUCGCGGGCGGUUUGAACGGACCGGAAGUAGAAGUCGAGCGACUUCCGGCAGCUGGACUUGGAACAGCAGGGAGUGUUGGGAAUGGCGACGAAGCGGCUCGCGCGGCAGCUUGGAUUAAUUAGGAGAAAGUCAAUUGCUCCAGCAAAUGGAAACCUAGGAAGAAGCAAAUCCAAGCAGUUGUUUGACUACUUAAUUGUCAUUGAUUUUGAAUCGACAUGCUGGAAUGAUGGGAAGCGCCACCAUAGCCAGGAAAUAAUUGAAUUUCCAGCAGUGUUGCUGAACACAUCAACUGGACAGAUUGAAUCUGAAUUCCAGGCUUAUGUUCAACCUCAGGAACAUCCAAUUCUUUCAGAAUUUUGCAUGGAAUUGACAGGCAUAAAGCAGGCUCAAGUUGAUGAAGGAGUCCCUCUGAAGAUUUGCUUAUCUCAGUUCUGUAAAUGGAUUCAUAAGAUUCAGCAACAGAAGAACAUUAUUUUUGCUACUGGGGUUUCAGAGCCUUCUACUUCUGAAGUAAAAUUAUGUGCAUUUGUUACUUGGUCAGACUGGGACUUGGGGGUUUGCCUGGAGUAUGAGUGUAAAAGAAAACAGCUGUUAAAACCUGUGUUUUUAAAUUCUUGGAUUGAUCUCAGAGCAACUUACAAGCUUUUCUAUAGGAGAAAACCAAAAGGAUUAAGUGGUGCCUUGCAGGAAGUAGGAAUAGAAUUCUCAGGACGAGAACAUUCUGGGUUGGACGAUUCUCGGAAUACUGCCCUUCUUGCUUGGAAAAUGAUCAGAGAUGGUUGUGUAAUGAAAAUUACAAGAUCGUUGAACAAGGUUCCCACUAAGAAUUCCAGCAUUCUGGCCAGAAAUUUGAAUAUAAAUCAAGUUGAAGAAAUGUCUGCCUGUACCAUUAGCAUCCAGGGUCCCAGCAUAUAUAAUAAUGAGCCUAAAAAUACAAUAAAUCCUCAUGAAAAAGUUCAAAUGAAGUCAAUUUGUGCAAAUUCUCCUAUAAAGGCACAACAGGAUCAAUUACAAGUAAAGAACAAUGUAAAAGCAAGUCUUCACAAUGUCAAAAGUUGCUUAUCUGUUUUUAAUACUAAGUCCUCUACUUCUCUGGGGCAGUUGCAGUCUCCUACCUUGAAUUCACCUAUCUAUAUGCAAAAGCAAGGAAAAAAUGAGCAUCUUGCAUUUAAUACCAAAUUUAAGUCUUCAACAGUUGGUUCAGAAUUGGUACUUGUUUCUACCACCAUUCCAACUGUUCAUCAUGUUUCUGAUUUGGAAAUGAGCUCUACUCUGGACAGUUUACCUAUGUUGGCUGAUUGGGAGGAUGUGGUUUUACUGCCAGUGUCUCAGCCUAAGAAAAACAUAGACUGUACAGUUCCCAUUAGUGACUCAGACUUAGAGAUUUCAUUUAAUUCUGGAGAAGGAUUAAUGGUUUUGAAAGAAUUGGAAAUGCCAAGUCAUGAAAACUUUGGAGACAUAGAGGAAACUCCUAAAAAAUCUGAGACUUCUAACUCUAUUGUGUACAAGAGUCCUCACACCACUAUUUAUAAUGUAAAAGAAGCCAAAGAUCCAGGUUCAGAUAUUUCUGCCUUUAAGUUACCUGAACACAAAUCAGGUACCUUCAACAGAGUUAAUGCCAGUAUGUCUCAUCCUUUAGUUUUGGGGAAACAUUCUCUUCUUUCAGGUGGUACCAAAAGGAAUCCACGCAGUUCCCAAGCUUUCCCACCAGCAAAAAAACAACCCUUCACUAUUCAUGAAGAAAAGCCUACAUCAUCUGAUUGCUCCUCAGUAAGAAGUUCUUCCUGGAAGCAUCUCCCACCUAUAUUAACUUCUACAGUUAACCUACAAGAGCCUUGGAAGAGUGGGAAAAUGACACCUCCCUUAUGCAAGUGUGGUCGAAGAUCUAAGAGACUUGUUGUUUCUAAUAAUGGACCAAACCACGGGAAAGUCUUCUAUUGUUGCCCUAUUGGGAAAUACCAAGAAAACAGAAAAUGUUGUGGUUAUUUCAAAUGGGAACAAACACUUCAAAAGGAAAGAGCCAACAGCAUGGUUCCAUCUCAUUCCACAGGGGGAGUCACAUUUAAUUCACCAGAAACGAGCCAUAUUUGUGACAGAAAUUUAAGUAUUUCCACCAAAAAUUCUUUGAGACUCAGGCCUUCAAUGAGGAAUUGAUAACCUUUCAUGUAUGAAUCCUAAUUGUUCCUUGAAUUUCCAAACAUGAGUAUUCUUAUAACAUCUUA